GCCACAUAUAUGCGUUUUACUCCGCCGUCCAUUUGAUAACAUGCCACAUCUUACACCCUACAUAAUCCAUCUCUGCCUCUUUGACCUAGGCAGUACGUAGGCUCUGUGCAUUACUAUAUCUAUACAAGUGAUAUUCCAGUAUAAUCAUUGCGCAUAGCUACAGCCUUUCAACUCAAUUAAAACUCCAUUACACACGUAGACCUUAGUAUCAUAACCAAGCAUACCUAACACCUGAUACUUUCUUCUCCAUCUUUAAUUCUAUGAUACGAAACUCAAGACAAUCAAUUAUAUGAAAUAGCAUUAUUACUUUCUUUCUUUGUUUCCCGUCAUCAAUAUGUUCCGUUGGCACCGUCCAACAUGUCGAAGGCCUGAUAUAUACUUGGUUGACGACGUGCUUUUCUGCUCAAGCUGUGACUCGGCAGUAGAGUUAUCAACUUUCCAAAUACCCUGUCUUUCAACUUCAUCUAGUUGUCAAAGAAAUUCUCCAGAGUCUCUAGACCUCCGGUGGCCAUUGUCGGUUCAAUAUUCCACUGACGGGGAAAGGGGUAGCAAUGGCCCGGAAUGCAAAGUCUCGGCAAAAUAUUUAAGAACACGCCAUACCGGUAUACCAAAGUCAAGUCAUUUAUGGCUUGGAGAGAAUAGGUUCGCUAUUAGGUUCCGUUCCGAUGGGAAUUUAUAUCCCUCUUUAGCUCAAAAAUACGACAUUCGACUUCUCAGGCUUUCUACUUCGUUCUCGAAUGAUUAUCUCCACGGCGACUUAGAUGUUGCCGAUUUAACCAAUACUCACUCCUUUGAAGCACUGUCAUAUUGUUGGGCAGGAGAAACCAACAACAACGACAAAUCAAAGUCAAUAUUCAUAGGAGCAUUCUGGGACAUAAUUCCCAUCACUAGGAAUUGCGAUUCAGCCUUACGACUUCUACUUUCUAAGGGCCAUUUAAAUAUUUGGGUUGACUCUAUUUGUAUCGACCAGGAAGACCCUUACGAACGGUCGCAUCAAGUCUCUAUAAUGCGUGAUAUUUACUCCAAAGCUUCGCAAGUCCUUGUGUAUAUAGGACCUACUGCAGACGACAGCAACGAUGCAAUGUAUGCGUUAAAUAUGCUUUCUGGAGCAGCAGAACCCGAUCUAAGCAGUUCUCAGAAACUAGGUCUCGAGCGCCUUUUCAAAAGACGGUACUUCUCCCGCGUCUGGGUCAUCCAAGAGAUUAUUAUGGCUAGAAAGGUUACUCUCUACUGCGGGGAUAAAAGCAUUUCUUGGACCUCAUUUAGCGACCUAAAAGUACCCUACCGCUACACUCACAACGUACCUUGGCUUUUAGAAUAUGGUCAAGGAAAUAACAACAGAACGAGUGAGCUGGAUGGUCUUUUGCAGCUAUUAGAUGCCACUUCAAGCUGCCAAGCUUCUGACCCUAGAGAUAAUGUUUUCGCCGUGCUUGGCCUCCUACGCAAUAGUAUCUUCGAGGGGUUAGCUCCAGACUACCUCUUAUCAAAAGAAGAGGUUUACAUUGGUAUUGCAUCAUAUCUUAUUCUCCGCCACGGUAAGACCGAGAUCUUGUUAUAUCCUAAGGGCCAUUCACCGAACUCGCUUCCUACAUGGGUUCCAGACUGGUCUAUUUACCGUCCAGUCAAGAUACCGUUAGAAGACUGUGAGAAUAAUACGAUCUACGGCGUAUCUGUAUCCGACGUUGCUACUAGAGUGGAACAGUCUGCGAUAUCAGAUCAGGACGAGCCUAAUAUUCGCAAUGAAGGCGACGAAGAUAGUUUCAAACUGGAAUAUUCUCAUAGUCUCUCUAGGAAGGGAAACUCAACUCAAAACAUCGUAUGGCUCGUCGGCAGCCAAACUACUUGGACGCUGUUUACGACUAGUCCUGAGAAAUCACUUCGUAUUCGACACUUCUCAAAAUCAUUGACGGAAUGCGAUAUUGAAAGGAUACCCAGCGCUUUAUCACGUGUCAAUGCGCAUACAGGAGCCUUAAGCAUACAAAGCUACGUUGUCACAAGUCUCGAGUCAUUCUACCAAAUCAAUCACUACGACUUUAUUCAAAAGAUUUCCUUCCCAGGUCUCGAGUGCGACUUCGAGUGGUUAAUCAGAACAGAAAUCCCCGCGACUGCCGGAGUUGACGUAGUGAUGUAUGUCCCGGGUUGCAGUUCAUAUCUACACCUACGAAGAAACUCAACUGGCGACGAUUAUAGUCUGAUCGGUACGUGUCGAGUGGGCUUUCGUCAAAGCAUUGUAAGAACUACCCGGUUAGAUUUACCGGCGAUCCUUCACACCCUUACAUUUGCCAACGCCGUCGACAUAAAUACUUCCAGCGAGGAACGUAACAGCAACCACCUUCAUGCAUCGUAUGGGUUCGACCAGUCAUUUAUGGAAUUUCUGGUUGAUCUUGCUGAAAGUAGACUUGGAAUACAUAUAAUAUCCCACUUCAUAUAUCGAGACGCGAGUCUUAGUAACUUGCGAAUGAUAGCACCUCUUACUAGGUACUUCGAAUAUGAAAUUGGGAAAUCAGCCUUCUGGAAAACUGGUUCAGGAUGGAAGGUUACUGCAACUAGAGGCUGUAAUGUCGAAUACAUUAAACGCGUAUGUGUUAUAAUGUCAGAACAGCUUGAAUUCUGGACCCGACAUACCACCUGGAAGGCCCUUGAUGCCAUCGGGACCUGUAUGGAUUCGAUGAACAAGUUGAGCCAAAUGUGGUCUGACUGGAACAAGAUCGCGAAAGUUCUCGCGGCUAUUGAAAGGGGAUCAUUGUCCAAGAAUGUGAAUGAUCACCCCGAUGUAGCAUGCUCAAUUGACUGCUACGAAUAUGCCUACGGCAUAGAAUCUCAGAUCGCUACAAGACUCGACCUUCCUAAUUCUUGCGCAUCACUCUCGUUAUUGGUAUCUACUCUAACAAGGUUGGCAAUAGAUAUAAUAUAUCAAGUGGAAUUUGAGCAGGAACUCUUUAGCUGCUAUGUUCCCGGGAUAGAUUUCGAGGGCGAAGAUGGGGAGCUAAGUUUAGCCGAGCGCGUUCAAUUAGGGAGGUUAUACACUCAUUUCAUAAGGAGCUCGGCUGAAACGUCGAAACGUUCCCUUCACGACCCUCUAAUAACUCUAGGGACAGAAACCUUCUACAACAUGGUCAAAUCUAGGAUUGCUAUUCUCGAAUGGAUGAAACCUAGCUGGGAGUCGUUUCAAGCGCGCCUUGUGGAAUUCCGACAAAUCUGUGUACACAUCACAGCCAUUGACGCAUUUCAAGAAGGCAUAAGCGAAUUUCAAAAUAUUGUGAUUGUGUGAACUAUUUCGACCACAUAUUUAGGAGGUUGCAGUCAAUUCAACAAUGCAGUGUAUCAUAAACUAAUUACCCCCUUUUCAAUAUUAGUGAUCCUAAUUUGGCGCAAGACAUGUGUCUUUCUAGCAAAUAGGUUAGUCAACAUAUAUCAGUAUAGAGUAAGGAAAUAUCCGUGGUAGUUUAUCUUCAUAUUUCCCACGCAAUUUGUUAACUCACUACCAAGUAACGGGAACUUGCAGUUGAUCCUGUGAAGUGAUUCUUAGUAAAGGUAAUACUAAAUUUGUUAGCGAUAGUCUUUCUGUGCCCUUUACCCCUAGGCCAAC